AUGAGCGACUCACAGACGCAUCCUACCCGCAAGAUUUUGCUCGUGGUGACUACGGGAGGAUUCACUCAUGCCUCUCCCGUGUUCGAGAUAGGCAGAGCCCUGGCGGCGCGAGGCCACACCGUUGAGUUCGCGACCUUGGAAGGACAGGAGCGCUGGAUCAAGGGCUAUGGCUUCAUCUCCAAGGUCCAUCUCCUGGGCCCGGGGCCGACCCACGAGCAGCUGGACGCCCAUUACCUGCGCAUGCGCGAGUGGGACAUGAACCAAGGCAUCAGUGGCUCCAUGAAGUCCAAGUUCAUGUUCGACUCGUUUUGGCCGCAGAGCUAUCACGGCCUCAAGGCUAUCAUGGAGGACCCGGCCAACCGUCCGGACACCAUGGUCGCCGACUUCUUCGUCGAUGCCGUCAAGGACAUCUACAACGAGUACAACCUGCCCGUCAGCACCGUCUGGCCACAGAUGCCUUUCCUCAUGAUGCCUUGCUCGUACAUCCCCGGUCAGCCUGGCUUCCAGAUCGACGGCACCCUCACCUCGGAAACCGCCUCCCUGUGGCUGCGCAUCAGAAACGAACUGGUCGUCGUAUGGGGCUUGCCAACCAUCAUCAAAUGGAUCAAGUGGACCAACCAGAUGCGCGAACGCGAGGGCGUCAAUUACCCGCCGCAUCGCAUCCAGAAGCCCGACUAUCUGAUCUUUGUGAACUCCUUCUUCGGCCUGGAAAUCCCUCGAGACCUUCCCCCGACUGCAGCUCCAGUCGGCCCGUUGCUGGCUCCCGACUACCCCCCGUUGGACGCCGAAUGCGAGAACUUCUUCAAAUCCCACAAGUCCGUCAUCUACAUCGCGCUGGGAACGCACAUUAUCCUGACCAACAAGGAUGCCGCUAAGAUCAUCAACGGCUUGCUGCGCCUGCUGGAAGACAAAUUGAUUGACGGAGUGAUCUGGGCCGUCGGCCAAAGUGGUCGUCAGGACCUGGAUCUCAACCACACCUUUACCACAACCACCGAAAAGGGCCAGAAGACGCUGCGCUUGCGCGACAUGCUCAACGGAGGCGACCCGGAUUGGCUAUUCUCUCUCUUCGCCCCUCAGCGCGCUAUUUUGGACAGCGAGUCGACCAAGAUCUACUUUACCCACGGCGGUGGCUCGAGUGCCAACGAGGGUCUAUUCCACGGCAAGCCUAUGCUGUCCAUGGGCAUCUUCAUGGACCAAAUCGCCAACACCGCACGCCUGGUUAGCGGCGGCGUCGCCGAAUCGCUGAACAAGUUCACCUUCACCUCGGACGAGCUGUACACCAAGGGUAAGAGGAUUCUCGCUGAUGCAGAAGGAACAUAUUAUCGAAACGCCUUGCGUCUGCAGCGCAUUGCGCGCGUCGCAUCUCGCCGCAAGGAGCAUGCUGCCGACCUGGUCGAAGAGCUGAUGUAUGACAACGAGCUGCGAUUCAAGGAUGGACGCGAGCUGCGGCCCAUGCACCUCCAGACCGCCGACAUGCGCAUGCCGACCUACAAGGCCAAGAACUGGGACAUGUACGCCGUCGUGACUCUCGGCUUGGUGGCUGUCACUGGAUCCACAGUGUUUGCUGGAAAGCUGCUGUGGACUCAUCGCGAGUCUGUUGUGGGCUUGGUUCAGUCAUCCAUUGUGGCAAGCCGUCAAUUUGUUCAGAAUGCGCUUCGGAAUUAG